AUGAAUCCUUCGAGUAAUGUUCCCGGUCCAUCGACAAGUCGUGUCCAAGAUGAUGAAGAUAAUGCCGAUAAUGCCGAUAAUGCCGAUGAUAAUGCCGAUGAUAAUGCUUCUGAGGAAGACUACGAGGUGGAGGAAAUCCUAUUGGAUAAGACAAUUGAUGGGGAAAAAUAUUAUUUGGUGAAAUGGGUUGGGUUCAGCGAAGAAGAAAACACCUGGGAACCAAGGGAAUCAUUUACUUCUUCCGCGAGGCUUCUUGAAGAAUAUGAGUUGAGGAAACGAGAAGAAAGAGAGGAAAUGGCGAAGAUACAACACAGAAAGAUGAUCUCAAAAAUGAAUGAAAUUUUUGCAAAGAAGCGAUCAUCGUCAAGGGAAAGAAGCGGCACACCAUCUUCUCGUCGUCGCACACCACAAAUCGAUUCCUCGCCCGAACCUCCUCGAUCUCGUCGUCGAAGACUGAGCGUCGAACAUUCCACGGAGUCCAUUCAUUUUGAUGAAGAAAGACCAUCAACAAGCAAAGAAUCGAGCCAACAACGAUCAACGUCAACAAGUUCAAUUGACGCAACUUCCAGGAAAAAGGCCACCCAAAAACCAAACGAUUUUCUCAAAGGGGUGCUAGAGCAAAUGCUGAACCCAAGACAAGUAGAAUCCCAAGAUCCGAACGAUCUUCAAAUUUUCGCUACAAAAAUGUACUUUCAACAGCGCAAGCGGAAACUCAUCCAAACGUCCGAGCUUUUGCCAAACGAAGAAUUGCCAUCGGAGUGUGGAUUUAUGAGAGACUUUGAGGCUCAUCAACAAAGCCGUUUUUCG